AUGACAACAGUAGAAUCUACAACGUUUUGGCACUGUGUGCCUACUACUAAUCUUCCGAAUGCCAUUGAUAUUUGCUUCUACAUUUUUGAGGCGAUGGGCCUGUUUCUCAACACCUUAGUUCUAGUUGGGCUCUCCAAAGCCCAUCCGAUUCCACGGACGAGCCUGAUCCUUCUGCGUUUUAUCAGCGCUUUCUGCCUCCUAACAGCCUUCAUGAAUUUCCUUGAAAAGGUGUACCCUUACUCAUGGCGUUCUCACAACUACCACUUCGACCGUCUUGUUUGCAUUUUUUGGAAAAGCCGCUUCUUUUACUGGAUAUUUGUUGUCAUGGGUGCACAUUACCUCGUUUUCUUCUGCCUUGAUCGUCUCGCAAUGAUUGAGGACCUAAAGUCAUAUAAAACUAUGGUAGAGGAGAAUCGGAUCCUUUCCUAUCAUAUCACUGCCCUCAUCAGUGGGCUUCUGCUUACCUCACCCCAGAUUCUGACGGUUAAUGUACAGGGUGAUACUUGCGAUUGUGCCCCUACUCGAGUGAAUAUCCCAUUCCUCUCCGUCAUCUACGCCCAUGUCUACGUUUGGUUUGUGCUCAUGUUCGUUUUGGUCAGCUCCGUUCUUGCUCUUGUAUGCUACAAACUCGUGAAAGCCGUUCGUGACGCCUCUGGACAUAAUCGCACCGACGACCUCUGCUUGAUGACCCUGGAAGCUCAGGCCUUCGUCAAGGGAGUGCACUCUGCGCCUCCACUUGGCUGGCGUUCGGCAAGCAUGUGCAUUUUACCCUUGGCAUUGAGUUACUCCAUCACCUUUGCCUACGACUGCAUCUACCAGUUCCUGAGUGCUCUUAACUUGACCACCUUCAUUAUAAACAGCCCACAACAGCAAGUUGGGGCUUUGCUACUGGUAGUCAAUACGAGUCUCGUCCCAUGCAUCCUGCUUCUAUAUAUUCCUGCUCUUCGCUCCUUCGUGUUGCUGGUUCUCCGAAAGAUGCGGUUGCGCAAAUAA